AUGAGUUCUUGCUUCACCAUCUUCCUCUCCCUCUCCUUCUCCUCUUUCUUCUUCUUCAUCUUCGUCCAGAAUUUCAGUGCUGAAGCUGCCCCCACUUAUCUAAAGCAUUUUUGCGCACGCAUUAGUUUCUUCACUCCCAACUCCACCUACGAGUCCAACCUCAACACCGUCCUCUCUUCCCUCUCCUCCAACGCCACGACCAACACCAACGGCUUUGCCACCUCCACCGCUGGCCAGGACCGUCCCGACCAAGCCCAUGGGCUCUUUCUCUGCCGCGGCGAUGUCAGCAUCUCCACGUGCAGCGACUGUGUGGCCACUGGAAAGCGUGAUGUCCUCCGAAGAUGCGGCCUCCAGCGAGUCGCCACGAUCUGGUACGACGAGUGCAUGUUGAGGUACGACAACAGGUCUUUCUUCUCGGCCUUGGCAACGAAGCCUGCUUACUCGAUGAACAACACUACGAACGUCACUGAUCCGACCCGGUUCGUACAAGUCCUGGGACAGACCAUGGAUAAAAUCAGCACAAGGGCUCGCGACGGCGGGUCGGGAAGAAAUUCGCGGUCGAGGAGGCGAAUUUGA